AUGAGCUACUACGGCAACUACUAUGGUGGCCUGGGCUAUGGCUAUGGUGGCCUAGGCUGUGGCUAUGGCUAUGGUGGCUAUGGUUACAGUUGUCACCGCCCUCUGUGCUAUAGAAGAUAUUGGUCCUAUGGCUGCUACUGA